CUCCAGCCCUGGCUUUAGGAAGGUGGGCUUUACCUCGCUUCCACUGUCCUGUCCGAGAACCGAGCCGAAGGAGAUCGCGGGGACAGGAGUUACACGCGAUGGCGACCGCCGAGACGAAGAAGACCAAGUACGAUCGACAGCUCAGGAUAUGGGGAGAACAAGGCCAAUCAGCAUUAGAGAAUGCUAACAUAUGCUUGCUUAAUUGUGGCCCUACUGGUUCUGAAGCUUUGAAGAAUCUUGUUCUUGGUGGAAUUGGAAGUAUUACAGUGGUUGAUGGAUCAAAAGUUGAAAUACACGAUCUAGGGAACAAUUUUCUAUUGGAUGAAGAUAGCCUUGGACAAUCAAAGGCUAAAUGCGUAUGCUCAUUUCUCCAAGAGCUAAAUGAUGCUGUUAAAGCUAAGUUUGUUGAGGAGGUUCCAGAUAAUUUGAUAGAGAAGAGUCCUUCUUUCUUUUCUGAAUUUACCUUAGUGAUAGCAACACAGUUAACUGAAACUUCAAUAGUGAAGCUGGAUAAAAUCUGUAGGGAAGCAAAUAUCAUGUUGGUUGUUGCACGCUCCUAUGGUCUUACUGGAAUGGUUAGAAUAAGCAUGAAGGAGCAUACUGUAAUUGAGUCAAAACCUGAUCACUUUCUAGAUGAUCUCCGUCUUCAUAAUCCUUGGCCUGAGCUAGUAGAGUUUGCAAAAACUAUUGACUUGAGCAUGGUGGAUCCAGUAAUGCACAAGCAUACACCGUACAUAGUUGUUCUCAUUAAUCUGGCAGAGAAAUGGGCCAAAGGACAUGGUGGAUGCCUGCCAUCUAGCAGACAAGAGAAGAAGGAUUUUAAGGAUUUAAUUAAAGCUCACAUGCUUAAUAUAGAUGAAGAAAAUUAUAAAGAAGCUCUUGAGGCCUCAUUCAAGGUCUCUGUUCCUCGUGGAAUUAGUUCGGAGUUAUCUCAGAUUAUAAAUGAUAGUGCCAUUGAAGUUGAUUCAAGAUCCUCUGAUUUUUGGGUUUUGGUAGCAGCUUUGAAGGAAUUUAUUGAAAAUGACGGCAAUGGAGAGCCACCCCUUGAGGGAUCAAUUCCUGACAUGACAUCCUCAACUGAGUCCUACGUCAUUCUUCAAAAAAUUUAUCAAGCAAAAGCUGAGUCUGAUUGUCUUGUAAUGGAAAGGCGAGUAAAGAGCAUUCUGAAGAGGAUUGGUAGAGAUCCUGAUGCUAUUUCAAGGGCAUAUAUCAAGAAUUUCUGUAAAAAUGCUAGAAAACUUGCAAUAUGCAGGUACCGGAACAUUGAGGAUGAGUUUAGUUCUCCAUGUAUACCUGAAUUGCAGAAAUGUUUGAAUGAUGAGGAUUAUAGCUACGCUGUAGGCUUCUACAUCUUACUUCGAGCUGUUGAUCGGUUUGCUGCCAACCAUAAUAGAUUUCCUGGGAUUUUUGAUGGUGGACUGAACGAGGAGAUAUCACGAUUAAAACCUAUCGCGAUUGGUAUACUAAGUGAGCUGGGGUUAAACGGGCCAACAUUAUCGGAGGAUCUUAUCACCGAGAUGUGCAGAUUCGGAGCUUCAGAGCUUCACGCGGUUGCUGCUUUCAUAGGGGGGGUCGCUUCCCAAGAGGCAAUUAAGCUUGUCACAAAGCAGUUUGUCCCCUUGAAGGGGACAUUCAUGUUCAAUGGGAUUGAUCAAAAGUCACAGGUGCUGAUACUAUAGUUUUUAGCUGCAGGGGAAGUUGAGUUUUCCCCUCAGAACACGAAUUGUUUGGCUUUUUCCAACAAAUAUUUUCCAUAUAGUUGGACCUGGUGCUCCUCUUCCCGUUCCUCAAUGGGCUGUGCUCUGUCAAAUGAGAUGCCUGUUUAUUUCAUAUAAUUGAAGUGUACAAUGGUUUCAGGAUGAAAUAGAGUGAGGUAAUUACCUAUUGCGGACCAUUCAGUGAACGAUUAAUCCUUGUCUAUGACAUCAGUAAUUCAGUAGAUUGUACUGUCUUUUAAUCCUUA